AUGAAUUUGAAGGAAGUAAAACCUGAAUUGAGAAAGAAACUUGGAGGAAUCAGGGAGAUAUUCUGUACGAAUGAAUAUAUCGAGGAGCAUAUUAAACGACACGGAAGAAGAUUAGAUCAUUUCGAGCGAAAACGCAAAAAAGAGGCUCGUGAAGCGCACCGCUCUUCAGCAUUUGCCCAGAAAGCAUUCGGUAUAAAGGCCAAGCUCCUGCAUGCUAAACGACAUGCCGAGAAAGUUCAACUCAAGAAGACUCUCAAAGCGCACGACGAGCGCAAUGUCAAGCAAGCCGACUCAUCAACUGUACCAGACGGUGCGCUGCCGACGUACCUUCUUGAUCGUGAAGGACAGAAGGAUGCGAAAGCCCUCUCCAGCGCCAUCAAACAAAGGCGGAAAGACAAAGCAGCCAAGUACUCUGUUCCGUUACCCAAAGUUCGUGGUAUUGCAGAAGACGAGAUGUUUAAGGUCAUGAAAACUGGCAAAAGCAAGAGCAAGGCAUGGAAGAGGAUGGUCACGAAAGCGACGUUCGUAGGGGAGGGAUUCACAAGAAAACCAGUCAAGAUGGAACGGUUCAUCCGACCUAUGGCUUUGCGGUAUAAGAAAGCCAAUGUCACACAUCCCGACCUAAAAGCCACAUUCCAGCUUCAAAUUCUCGGUGUCAAGAAAAACCCUCAGUCACCCAUGUACACACAACUCGGUGUGAUGACAAAAGGCACGGUGAUAGAGGUGAACGUUUCCGAACUUGGAAUGGUCACCACUGGCGGCAAAGUCGUGUUCGGAAAAUAUGCUCAAAUAACCAACAACCCUGAAAACGACGGUUGUAUCAAUGCUGUCCUUCUCGUGUGAUUCACGACAUCCCUUCCUACCUUGCUGCCCUGUAUCAUAGAUCUAUGUGUACUUACUGGUAUAAUUUGAUACCUCUGUUCUGCUUUGGGUCCAAGAGGCUCUC